AAUAGGCAUUCUAAUCUAUGAAUUUUAUAGAAUUUUUAGUCCAUUCUUAUAGAAUAAUCGAAACAAGUUCUCAAAAAUAGUGGAACAGAAAUACCUUCAACUGCGGACUACUCCGUUCCACGGAUACCUCCAUCCAAACGGGACGAAUUCACCUUCCUUCACGAGAAUCACUGUUGGAUCAUGACAGAGAUCAGAUGGAUUAAGAUCUGCGCGGUGGGUGAUCCAACGGUGGAUUCGAGCGAAGGAAGGUGAAUCCUUCUUUCGCGCGAAAGAUACGACCGCGAUCCCCAUCCAAACAGUGCCUUAAAUGUUAGAAAAAUUUAAUGCGAACUCGCUUGGACCGCUGCUUAAUUCGUAAACCCUAAGUUUCUCCUGGAUUGGCGAAAUGGCCGGAGCAAUAACCAAACGGAAGAGAGAACAGAAAAUCACAAAUGGAGACAAGAAUUAUGUGAUUUGCGAAAUUCACAGCCUAAAUCCACGGGAGGGCAGUGCAAGGUAGAAGUGGGGAUUAGAAGUUACGAGGGGUAAAUGCCAUCUCGAAACCGAUGCAUAACGAUUUAGCAAGCAUUUUUUCGGAUCACUUUCUUUGGGAAAUACAGGAUACACUGAAGACCCCUAAAGGAUGAACUUGUUUCAUUCGCAAAGCAACCCCCAAGAGCUCCAAGGGAACCCUAUGAGAUGAGAAGCCUAUUUUUCUCCAAUGUCUUUUCUUUUCUCGAAUGACUUGUUUCUCUCGUCUUCUCCAAUGGCCUUCAGAUUCCAAUAGCUCAAACGCAUUACACCUCAAACUAGAUGUUUCAUCAGAUGUUUGAGAAAAGAUGGGAGCUACCCAUUGAUUCAUUUCAUAAAUGUUUCCCCAGGGUGACAGGAGAUAUAUUCCUCUACAUCAACCCACAGCACAACGAGUGAUGAUUGAUACAAUAUCCGCAGGCCCCACUACUGUAUUUCUCAUUGGAUCACACACAAACUUUGCUCUCUUUCUGAUGACAAAUCCACAUUUGAAAAAAAAUAUCCAGCAUAUUUAUAUUAUGGGCGGUGGGGUAAGGUCAAAAGUCCCUUGCCCCAAAAAUUCCAGCACCUCCUGCAUUCCUCAGCAAUGUGGUGAUCUUGGUAACCUGUUUGAUGCCUGCAAUAGCAAUCCAUAUGCAGAGUUCAAUAUAUUCGUAGAUCCUUUUUCUGCAUAUCAGGUGUUCCAUUCUGGCAUUCCAAUCACCCUUGUCCCACUUGAUGCAACCAACACCAUUCCCAUAAAUAAGCAGUUCUUUAUGGCAUUCCAACAACGGCAGGAUACAUAUGAGGCACAAUACUGUUUUCAGUCUUUAAAGAUUAUACAUGAUACUUGGCCAGAUAAUCAAUUUUACACGAGUUUUUUUAUGUGGGACUCGUUUACUGCUGGUAUAGCUAUAUCAAUCAUGCGCAAUGCCGACAACUUUAAUGGUGAAAAUGAAUUUGCUGAGAUGGAAUAUCUAAAUCUAACUGUAGUAACUUCAAAUAAACCAUAUGGUAUACAUGAUGGCUCAAACCCCUUUUUUGAUGGACGUGCAAUUCCAAAGUUCAGUUUACAGAAACAUGGAGUACAUAGUGGUCAUGUUCAGACUGGACUUCAAGAUCCAUUUUGCUUUGUGCCUGGAAGUGAUAAAGGGAAAUGCAAGGAUGGAUACACCAAGGAAGUAACUGGCUCAGAAGGUGUCCAUGUUCUUGUUGCAAAGAUAGCAAAACCUAAUCAAGAUGUUCACAGUCCGCUAGACCGAGAAUUUUUCAAAAGUUUUCUAGAUGUUCUAAAUCUUCAUCCGCAAUCUGGGCGUUUUAACAUUAGCAGACAGUUUCCAUAUUACAGGGAGAUACUCUACAGGCCAGAUUUUACAAAUCGAAGUUUGGGAAAGCCUGUUGUGUAUGACAUGGACAUGAGUGCAGGAGACUUUCUUGCCCUUAUAUAUCUUCUAAAAGUACCUGUUGAAAUAAUAGACCUGAAGGGGAUAUUAGUUAGUGGCAAUGGUUGGGCAAAUGCUGCAACGAUCGAUGUCAUCUAUGACGUGUUACAUAUGAUGGGCCGUGAUGACAUUCUAGUUGGCCUAGGUAAUGUAACUGCACUUGGCACACCAAGUCUUGGCUGCAAGUAUGUCAAGGCUAUCCCACAGGGUAGCGGUGGAUUGCUGGACUCUGAUACACUUUAUGGACUUGCUCGUACACUACCAAGAAGCCCUAGGAGGUAUACGGCUGAAAAUUCUGUGAAGUUUGGAGCUCCAAGAAAUACUGAUCACCCCAAACUUAGACAGCCACUAGCUAUGGAAGUUUGGCAGUCCAUUACAAGGUCACUUAAUCCAAAUGAUAAGAUAACUGUGCUGACAAAUGGACCUCUUACUAACUUAGCCAACAUUGUUCUUUCAGAUAAAAAUGCAAGUUCAAUUAUACAGAAUGUUUAUGUAGUAGGGGCAUAUAUCCUUGAUGAACUUGAUGAGAAAGGAAACGUCUUCACAGUUCCCUCAAACAAAUAUGCCGAAUUCAACAUGUUUCUUGAUCCUGUAGCUGCGAAGAAAGUCAUUGAGUCAGAUCUUCAGAUCACACUCAUUCCUCUAGGAGCUCAGCGCAAAGUGAUUUCUUUUAAUAGUAUACUCAAAAGUCUAAAGCUUGCGGGCAACACUCCAGAAGCCCAGUUUGCCUAUCAUUUGCUGUCAUUGAUGCAAAAGCUACAGCAACGGCACCAGGCAUACCACCAUAUGGAAAUAUUUCUGGGAGAAAUCCUUGGUGCGGUUUUCUUGGUUGAUGGUCCUAAUUUAAACCUGACAAUGCAAACAAAGCCAAUUAGUGUCUUGGCUGGUGAUACAAGCAAGGAUGGCCAGAUAGUCAUCAACAAAAAAUAUGGAAAAUUAGUUGGUUUAUUGAAUAAUUUUGACACAGAAGCAUAUUACAGACAUUUUGCAAAUUUACUUGGUGAUAGGAGACAGUCUGCCGUGAUUGGUAGCUUUGAUGAACAGAAAAGGAUGUGGAGUAUGCCACCAAAUAAGACUGAAGGAGUUUGAUAUCUUUGAAGAUUCUUUCAGUAGAAUUACAAAAAAUAAAGGAUUAUUCAUUUUUAUUUAUAUUCACAGGUUAUUUGGAGAUUCGAUCCAUAUUCUUGGUUUCUCCAAGAGAAACCACACAAUCAUCUUCAAGUUUCUUUUAAGAAAUUAUUGUUUUCUUGUUCCCACCUGUAUCGUCAAUAAGUUAAAAGAAAACUUCACAAUUGACCUCUUCUCUUGAGAAAAUUACAUGCUUGGUGUCUUUGGAGUUUUCUUAGCAUGCAGAAUUUUAAUUCUUUCAGUGCCAUGCCUAGAACUUGUAAAUCUACUGAGAUUGUAUCCCAGUUACCUCUCCUUUAAUGAUGCACCAUCAACUUAGAAUGCUCCAUGUUAA